UUGUUUUUUUUUGUUGUCGCGGAUUCUGGCAUCGACAAACUUGUCAGAAGAGGUGGCGAGUUGGUGUUUGUGUGGGACAUAAAUGGUGGUCUCGAGACAAAACACUGAAAUGGGCCUGGAGAGUGGCUGUAACAGUACGCGCUACCGUCAUGUGUUUCCCGGGGAACAUAUAGGCGACGGACUUGUAAACAUGUUUGAUGGGCUAGACUUGUGGUGCUCGCGUGUAGCUUUUUGCUCUACGUGUAACUGGCAGGUAUGCGUUCAGGAAAUGUGAUAGGAGGUUAGCGAGCAUACUAAAAAAAGCACACACGGCUCGGCUUGCUGCAUUUAUUCCAUCUGGUUUUAACUAAUGUUUAGUUACAUGUUAGUUCGUCAGACCAGCCUUUAGAGAAGAUAUGAAAAUACUCUUUCUUGCUUGUCUCAGCCCCAAAACAGGGAACUGCACUACAGCUGAGAGGAUAAGGUCCCACAUUGAAUCAGCAGGACACACUUGUGAGCUCAGAGAUGCAGCAGAAUUUCAGUCUCCAGCUGAGGUGGCAAACUUAGUAUCUCGAAAUCCUCCAUUUGAGGGUGCACUGGCCAUUCAUCUGUACAAAGCAGGCAGACUUCUCUUAGAUAUCCAAGUACCCUUUGGCGUUAUCUUUGGCGGUACAGACAUAAAUGAAGAUGUGAAAGUCGAGCAGAAGCGUGCGGUUAUGGAGCAGGUGCUGCUGAAAGCCAGGUUUGCGGUUGCAUUUACUGACAAACUGAAAGAAGAUGCAGAGUUAUUUUUGCUGUCCCAGAGCUGUAAAAUCUAUGUCCAGCCCCAAGGUAUCCAGACGGAAGUGACUGAGAAAUUCUGCUGGACUGAAUUCUUGAGGAGCUCAGGUGUAAGCAGCGAGCAUGUGGAUGAGCUGUCUGUCUUCCUGUUGGUCUGUGGCCUCAGAAGAGUCAAGGAUCCCCUCUAUCUUGUAGAGGUUUUUUCAGAGUGGCAUUAUGAGAAUCCACUGAAUGUAUUGGUCAUUAUAGGGCCAAAGAUUGAUCCUGUACUUACUGUUGAAGUGGAAGAUGUUGUUAAAAGAACAGCAGGGGUCUUCUUGGCCCAGGAGAAGAGCCAACAGGAGCUUCAUGCCGCCAUGAAAAGGUGCUGCGCCGUGGUCAACAGCUCCAUCUCAGAGGGCAUGUCAGCAGCCAUCUUGGAGGCCAUGGAUCUCGAGGUACCAGUGUUAGCCAGGGACAUUCCAGGAAACGCAGCCAUAGUGCAGCAUGACUUCACUGGCCUGCUGUACUCGUCUCCUCAGGAAUUUGUGCAUCAAUCUCAGAGGCUGUCGUCAGAUCGUGAGCUGAGAGAGAGAGUGGUGAGGAACGGAAAACUGUUCGUUGAAGAGCAUCAUGGCCUGAAACAGGAGAGAGAAACCUACCAACGGCUGGUGGAUACUCUGCUCUGAGCAUAAGGUCACAGCCUUCAGCCCCACUCUGUAUACUUUCUCAGGAACUUCAACAACAAAGAACAAGGCGUUACACAGGUGUAUUUGCCUUGGUAAUAAUUAUCACAGGUGUCUUUAUUCUGUCUUUUAGAAAUCAGGCUAUAAAAUGUCUGUACAAAAUAAUCCUGUUUUAUCUGCACUGCCAGAUUAUAAUGCAGAGCACUUCAAAUGGUUGGGUUUUUUCUUGUUAAUAUACUGUUUGAAAUUGAUGAUGUACUGUUAUUUAUGGUUGGGUAUAAAUAUAGAAAACAAAACAUGGGU